AUGCUCUCGGGUGUGGGCAUCACCGAUACGAACACGAAACUAAUACUCAACAUCAUCUACUCCGUCAUUGGCUGGGUCUUUUCAACCGCGGGCUCUCGUCUCCAUGACGUUGUUGGCCGCCGUAGAAUGCUCAUUUCCACCACCGCAGGUAUGACUGUCUGCCUAGCUAUUGUUGCCGGCUGCUCGGCAGGCUACACAGACUACGGCAAUAAGACGGCGUCCACGGCCAGCAUCAUCUUCAUCUUCGUCUUUGGUGCUAUCUUCGCCACAGGCUUCACGCCGAUGCAGCCCAUCUACCCGGCUGAGGUUGUCAGCAACAAGAUGCGUGCCAAGGCGAUGGGAACUUUCAAGCUCACGGCAAGUGCGGCGGGAUUUCUCAACACGUUUGUUGGGCCGAUUGCCCUUUCGAAUAUUGGCUACUGGUUUUAUGUCUUUUUUGUGGCUUGGGAUAGUUUCGAAAUGGUAUUCAUGUACUUAUUCUUUGUCGAGACCAAGGGUUUCACAUUAGAGGAGCUGGAUGAAGUGUUCGAAGCAGAAAACCCUCGUAAGGCUUCAAUAGAGGCAAGGAAGAGACAACAGGAGAUCGUGAGGGCCAGUACGGCCGCGGCUUGA